UACGGGCGUCGUACCAACCACGCACAAGGCUGAUGCAAAUUGCCACUCACCCAGUAAGCCACCUCUACUAUUCGCCACGGCCUAACAUGAAUGUUUGCCCGCACAGCACUCCGUCUGAUCACUCCAGUAUCAUCUUCAGAGUUGGAGCUCACUCCUGACAACGAGAUCAGCGCGGGCAGCAUAGAUGGCAUCUCUGUCUCUGUCUCCGUAUACGGCUGUGCUUCUGUUGCCGUCCCGCCACCCGUUCACCGAGGCUCUUCGCGUCCACGGUCGUGCAGUGUCUCUGCGGAGGAAUGGGUGCGAGUCGGGGAGUCAGAGACGUCCUCCGCAGACCGACCGACUACACAACCACCGGCGUACGGCGUGAUCCUGAAGACGCGUCAACAAGCACAUGAUGCGGCCAUGUAUGCGCUGGCGCCUCUGACACCAACGACUCGUCUUCUAAACGGCGUAGCUGAGGUCAGGACUAUCUCGCCGCCGACCUCCUUGUCGCCUAUCGAAAUGUUAGCGGAAAGACGUCGGGCGGCAAAGCCUAAGCCCUUCCAGAAGCGCAGGAGCUGCAGCCCACUGCUUGGUCCCUCACCGUUGCGCAAUUCCUUCAUACUCGAAUCCUUCACAAGCUUGCCUGUCGUGGAGAGUUCAAGACCUGGCUCGACUGUGGUGUCCGUCUGUCCUAGCUGGGAACUCGAGGACCUCCUUGUAGACGGCCGAUUGGAUGUCAACGCCGUGAGCGCUGCACUGGGACUGGGACUGUCAAUGGCGUCGAACGAAGCUAUUGGAGACUAUGACUCGGGCAGCGCUGAGCUCAACUUCUCUAACCGGGCGAACGGCGAUGCUUCAACGGGCUUCCUGACAACAAGCACGAGCUUCGAACGUGCACGCGAGUCUUCGCCCAUUACGCUGCCGGUGCAUAUGCCAGGCGCGCAGCUUUUCGCUAUACCGGAGGAAGUCGAGGACGUCCUCUCUGUCGACGUGUCUAUGCGCGGAUCCAUGCACUCGCGGUCUACCGGCAUAAGAUUCUCUGACAUCGACGCUGAUUUCUUGGCUGACCUGGCUUCUGCAAGCACUAUGCUGAGCAUACCUGGAGGACAUCGCAACUCCGGAGACUGCCGCGAAGAGAUCUUGUGGGAAGACGAGGAGAGAUGGAGAGGCAUUGGCGAUACAUCUGGCAGUAUUGGCGAAGCCUGCUAGACGCAAUAUCCGACCUAUGGGCACAUCGCGACACCGUACUCAAUCAAGCUACCAAUGUUCCGCGUUACCUGUCUUUGCCACCCGACCGAGUUAAACCCCAACGUUCUCCUCCCAUUGGUCCCUUAUAUUUCAGGAACCUGUCAGGUGAGUAAUUGUUCGACGUCAAAUGCUGUCUGGAUUUGAAACCUCUCUGCU